AUAAAGAGUUCCAGUGUAAAGGCAAAGAGUCCCUUCUCCUGGACUGUGACACCUCAGACAGAAAAAACAACACCUGCCCACCUGGUAAUGCUGUUGGACUCACCUGCUCAGAGCCUGAUGAUGUGAGGCUGGUGGGAGGAGGCAGUCGCUGUGCUGGUGGAGUGGAGCGGUACGACCAGGGAGAGUGGAGGACUAUGGGAAUUAAAGACUGGGACCAGGCGGCUGUAGCUGCAGUAGUGUGUAGACAGCUGGGUUGUGGCUCCACUGUUUCAGUACUACCUGGAAACACCACUAGAGCGUUUGGAGUUAAAUGUGAUGGGGAUGAAUCUUCACUGAGGGAGUGUUUAAGAAGUCAUCGUCUCCUUCCUGGAAUCACAGUGAUCUGCUCAGAUCUCCUGGUCCAGCCUGAUAUCUUCCUGACUGACUCAAUGGGAGGGGUCUUCAGGGGCCACCAGGGGCCCGAGGUGUUCAGGGGCUACAACUUCACCAUCACCUGCUCCAUUCAGCCACAGUACCCAGGAGGCUCCUUCCUCCUCACGUUCACCGGCUCCAACAGAACCCAGCCAGCUGUCAAUCACUCUGCUGCCUUCCUCUUCCCUGCUGCAGAUGACUCCCACCAAGGGAACUACAGCUGUGUUUAUGACAAUUAUGUUUUCUCUCAUAACUUCUCCUCUGAGAGUGAGCUCCUCUCCCUCACCAUCACAGAUCUCCUGGUCCAGCCUGAUAUCUUCCUGACCGACUCAAUGGGAGGGGUCUUCAGGGGCCACCAGGGGCCCGAGGUGUUCAGGGGCUACAACUUCACCAUCACCUGCUCCAUUCAGCCACAGUACCCAGGAGGCUCCUUCCUCCUCACGUUCACCGGCUCCAACAGAACCCAGCCAGCUGUCAAUCACUCUGCUGCCUUCCUCUUCCCUGCUGCAGAUGACUCCCACCAAGGGAACUACAGCUGUGUU